CAGUAACCAUGUACGAUGCGGCGAGGGUGCCGUCUCCUAAGGAUGGCGCAAACGGGAUGGCUCAACCCGCCGUCCCCGGAGCAGGAGCAGGAGCAGGAACAGCUGCGGGACCAGGUGGGCCGACGCCGACCGCAGUCCUACAAGCUAAAACUGAGGAGGGACAGCCAGGUACGGAGGAAGAGGAGGAAGAUGAGGAGGAGGAGCCCAAAGCAGAGCCAGUCCUGGUGAAGAAGCCACACAGGGAGAUUCUGGACCAUGAGAGGAAGAGGAGGGUAGAGUUGAAAUGUAUGGAGCUCCAGGAGAUGAUGGAGGAACAGGGGUACACAGAAGAAGAGAUUCGACAGAAAGUGAGCACAUUCAGACAAAUGCUGAUGGACAAGGAGGGCGUCAUCACCAGAGAGGGCUCACACACACAACCAGUGGUCAACCACCUGCACUAUCAGCCUGGCGAGUAUGAAGGGAACCCUGAAUUGGUUGGCUAUGAAGACGGAGACUAUGACCAUGAUUACCACAGUGACAGCCGAGUGAAGAGGAAAUCAAGCAGCUCUCCAUCCCCUCGUCCGAAGAAAAGGAAGAAGAAAAAAUCUGGCCGCCGAAGGAGUCGGUUUGGCAGCUCCUCACCCACUCAUAGAGAGAAGAAGAAAAAGAGUGGGAAGAAACACAAGCGAGACAGAUCUGCAUCUGGCUCCAGGAAAAAGAGGAGACACAGAUCGGGCAGCCCAAAGAACAAACACAAAGACAAGAACAAACAGAAAAAGAGGUCCCCCGGUGAGACCCCCAGUAGGAGUUCACAGCGCCAAGGCAGCUGCUGUAGCUCCCGUAGCGCCUCCCUGUCCUCCACACGGAGCACCUCCAAAUCUCCAGCCAGACUGAACUCCAAGCACAAGACAGACGGACAAAAGGCGUCCGGCACCUCGCCAUCCACGGGCCCCAACAUUCCCACCACGUGGCACAACGGGGACCACACCCAGCGGAGCCGCAACGGCAAGGCCGGCAGACUCAACCACGGCGAGGCCGAGAAAGGGCACGAUACGCUCCGUCUGCUGACCGCUAGCUCUGCAAGCAUCCAGUCCACCCUGCUGAGAGAGCACAGGCUCCACAGCGCCCCCGGCAGGAGCCAAACGGGACAGACGAGCACAGUAGGAGAGGCUGGGAGUGUGGAUGGCAGGAAUACGGCUGUGGGGAGCUCCGUUUCCCAGGCGACAGGGAGGAGAGGGAGCUUGAGAGGCCAGAAUAAGACCUCCCGCUCCCCUGCUCACAGCAGCGACUCAGCCCACUCCCAGCACAACCACACUCACAGAGGAAGGAGCUCUCGACACCAGAAAAAGACAAAAGGUGGCCACUCGUCCAAGCGUCACCACCGCUCCAGUCGGGGUCAGGGACACCACCGGAGCCCGUCGGCAUCUCCGGGACGCCACCCACACACGUCGGGCAGGAAGAAAGAGGAGUCUCGGAGCAAACCCAACCUCCGACAACGCAGCAGCUCCUGGAGCAGCGGGCAUUCCUCCUCACGCUCCGCCUCCAGAGACAGGGGCCCCAGCAAGGCCAAGUCCCCACACAACAGACAGAACAACUCCAGAGAGAGGGACAGUCCGAACCGCUCCGACACCGACAGCCGAGCUCGCCGCCGCUCACGCAGCUACUCGCCCAUUCGUAAAAGGAGAAGAGAUUCACCCAGCUUCAUGGAGGCUCGCAGGAUCACCAGUGCUCGGAAGCGGCCGAUCCCGUAUUACCGGCCCAGCCCUUCGUCGUCCAGCUAUGACAGCAGCCCGUCGCGGUCCAGCCGCAGCUACAGCAGCAACAGCCGGAGCCGGAGCCGGAGCCACAGCCGGAGCCACAGCAGGAGCCGGAGCUGGAGCCGGAGCCGCAGCCAGAGCCAGAGCUGGAGCCGCAGCAAGAGUCGCUCCCGCAGCCACCACAGCUACUACAGCCGCAGCAGCUACGACAGCCCCGGCUUCUGA